AUGCAUUUAUCAAUAUUAGAAUAUCAAAUUGAAUCAAUUUGGUGUGAAACUAUAAGUCAUAUUGAUCAUUGUUCAUCUACUACCAAUUUUCAUGCUAUCGGUGGAGAUUCUCUUCAAUUUAUUCAAAUUUUUAAUCGAUAUCAAACCGAACUCUCAUCAUCAAAUACUCUCGAUAUCAGUCUAUUUCUAAAUCAACCAACUCUAUCAGGCCAUGCACGUUUAUUAACAUAUCAAUCGAAUGAAACAAUACAAAAUCGAUACAUGUGGUCUACUUUAAACUUACAAGAAGCAUUGUUUGCACAAGAACGUAUCGCUCUCGACGAAUAUGUUCGUUUUGGUAAAAAUGCGGUCAUCUAUAAUGAAUUAAUUGCAUUUCGAGUCGUAACUAAUUCAUUUUCACUUGUUCGUCUUUGUCGAGCUCUUCAAUCGGUUUUAGAAAAACAGCAAGUAUUACAUACAUCUGUUUUUCUCAAUUCCGAUGAUGAUAUUUUUAUUCAACGUGUCUUGGAUAGUCACGAAACAUUUCAUUUCUCUCCUAUUCAAACAUUUGAAAAUGAUGAAGAUCUUCAUUCGAUGAUUUAUCAAAUAGGUAUCAAUCCAAAUCUAUUCGAUGUGUCCAAUGGUCGCGUAUUUCAUUGUCAAGUUCUUAGACGAAAGAUGAUGAAUAAACAUAGUACUAAUGAAGAAUUACUUAAUGUAGACGAUGUUUUAGUUAUUGUUUUUCAUCAUAUUCCAUAUGAUCGAUCGUCUCAACAAAUAUUUCUCGACGAUUUAUCCAUUGUCUACAAUAUGAAUAGAUCAUUGUCAAUUGAGAAAGAUGCUUUUAACUACAUAGAUUAUUCUUUAUAUGAACGUGAAAUCGAUAUGACAUUAUCACGUGAAUUCUGGAGAUUAUAA